UUUGUGAAUAUCAUAAUCUGAAAUCUCGUAUCAGAUUAAUAAAAGUUGUUCGUAUCUUUUUUUGUUUUUGUUUUUGUGUGUAAAAGUGCAAAUAAUGGGAUCACCAAUGUGCGACCAUUGCAAUAUGACAAGAGCCGUUGUUCAUUGUGAGACUCAUUUGGCUAGGUUUUGUUUUCAGUGCGACUUGACAUUGCACUAUGUGACUGUGGAUAGUCCCGAUCACUCGCGAUUUCUGUUGUGUAAUAACUGCACUUCGCAGACUGCGACUGUCCAGUGCCAUGACCAAGGAUUGUCCCUAUGCCAAAAAUGUUUUUCAAACGCCAAUGACGCCUCACGUAUUCUUCUUUGUAACGUUUCUAGUAAUAAUUCGGGUUAUAGUUUUUCACCACUUUUCGAUAUUGAUUCCUCUUCCUCAUCUUCUUCAUCUUCUUUCAUUGAUCUCGAUUGGGUAUCUCCAUUUGUCCCGUUACCUCUCAGUUAUGGGGACUCAUCAUCCUCUAUUGGAAUUUUUCAAAAUUUUGACAAUUAUACAAAGAAUAGUAUUGAUCAUCGAGUGCAAAAGCUUCAGCCCGAUUAUUUGGACGUUCCUAAGGAUAGUUCAUGUUCAGGCUUCGAUUGUUACGAAAGUAAAGAGAUAGAGAACAUUUGUCUGAUCAACUUUGACGACUACAAGGCAGUAUUCGACCUAAAAGAAUGUUUCACCGUAGAUGAACUGAUCCUAACUGAUCAGUUAAUCGAUAAAAUAACUAAACACAAUGCAGACACCAAGGCAGAGCAGGUUAUACCAUCUUUGUCAUCGGGUGUGUCAUCAGUCACACAUAAAGAUUACAACACUGAAGCUUUGGCUAAUGCAAGUUGUGAAGAUUACAAGAAGAAUCAAAUGAUUUGCUCAAAGGCAAAGGAAGAGAUCCAUAGUAAUGUUGAAAUCUUCCAUAACGCUGAUAUUCAUUUUGAUUGUGGGCCAUCUCAGUUGACUCUGACCGAUGUCCAUGAUAUGUCACUAUGGGAUGAUCAAACACCUGCAUCUCGUGCAUAUGAUCCGCAAGCACGAUUAGAAGCAUUGAAGAGAUAUUUCGCAAAGAAGGAGAAACGCAAGUUUGGGAAGCAAAUUAGAUAUGAAUCUCGAAAAUCAACAGCUGAUACGAAGAGACGAUUGAAAGGAAGAUUUACAAAAGCUGGUGCAGAUUAUGAUUAUGACCCACGAGCAAAUAAUAAUAAUAAAGAGACUAAUAAAUUCAUGACCUGAUAAAAAGAUGGUUGCGAUCAUAUGAUCAUCAUGGUUAUGGACGCAAACGCUCGCUCGACCAAACGCAAGAAGCCGAAGAUAGUAUAAGGGAUUUCUUUGCUCAUGAGUAAACAAAUUUUUUAAUAGAAGUUCGUAUACCAAUUUGUAAUGCCCGAAAGGCUAGCAUUUUUUUUAAAAAGAUACUUGAUAUCUCAGUUGAUAUCUUAGUUGAUAUCUAAA